AGACGCAGCAUCCUGUAGCAGAAGUCCAACUUUCGAAUCCUGUGUAGCUGUGCCACAUUGUUCGUUAUAGUUGGAAAGACAACCUGCGCAGUUUUUUUUUUUCUUGGCGUGCGUUGAUGAAAACAUCUCGUUACGUCAUCAUCGAUGGACAUAAUUCUGUGAGAGGGUGAUCGCAACCGUUGUGUUAGUGGGUUUCUUCUGGACGUGAUUAUCAGCGGCCUGCGAGCGCGCUGGAAUCUCUGGUCUGUUGACCGGAUUGAAGAGGACUGCCAUCUGUCUUGUGAAAAGACAACACCAGCGCCAUGACCACGCUGUGGAGGUUCGCCACAUUACUUCUCCCCUUCCUUUUCUGGUCUUCCCAAUGCGCAACCAUACCGGAAGCCCAAACCCCUUCUACGAGAAGCGUCAGUACGUCUGGUAUCCGCCGUCCACCUACCAUGCCUGGCAGCGUUAUUCUGCUGGAACCUACUUCCGGAACGUCGCAGCUCCAGGAUGACGUCACUUUCUCAACGUCGUCUGCUUUGACGAGUUCUGAAGCUGCUGUGCAGAAGGAAGUGACGACAACGACCGAUCGGCCGACAUCCUCGGCAGAAGUGACGUCACAGGUUACGUCAGCGACGCAGGUGAACGUGACUGAAGUGACACGGAGGGCAUACAGUGAAGCGUGCACAAAGGCUGUGCUGGAAGAAUCGUGGCGAGAAUGGAGAACCCGACCAGAGACGCUGAGGUUUCAGCUGCAUAGGGAAAAUGUGACCUGCCAUCUUGCGGGCUGUCGUGGCACGUCCACGAGCAAAGCGGCACCAGAAGAUAUCGAUCCCAGCAAAGUGAUUUCCGUCGUGCUGCAGAACCAGGACUCCAUGGAGCUGGAGCUUGACGUACCUGAAGUGGGAAACAACCGCAGUUGGUUGCAUGAAGCAGUACUGCAGUCCCUGCAGGGUGCGCAUGACCUGCCAAGAGGAGCUUGCGUGCAGGAUGACUCCCUGCUCCUGUGGUCCCGGCCCCUGCCAGAGAAGGACGGAGCACCACUGUCACUCGGACCUGAGAUACUCACACCUGGGUUGCACCUUCUCAGCGUGCACGUGGUAGGACCAGACGUGUCGUGUCCAGCUGUGUGGCAACUCAAUGUGUCUGUCUUGGACAACGAAUGCUCCAAGGGCCCUGGCGAAGACCUCUGUUCACAGAAAGGUUCCUGCGUACUCCCUCCAGGACAAGCAUCUUACACCUGUCGCUGCUGUCCCGGGGUUGGUGGCCGCUACUGCGAGGAACGUGAUGGCUGUUUCGAGAAGCCUUGCCACAAUGGUGGUUUCUGCGUCGACAUCGCCGAGGGACUCUCCGGAAAUAUGUUCCAAUGCCUCUGCCCACACGGUUUCCGCGGUUCCUCGUGCGAGGAACGUGUUAGCCCCUGCGACCGACGUCCAUGCCGUAACAACGGCACCUGCAUCUCAAAUGGCACCGACGGUCUUUCGGCCUCUUGCCUCUGUCCGCCCGGCUUCCGCGGGGCCCAGUGCGAGAUGGCUGCACGGCCACCUCCUACAACGACACAGCCUAGCUCAUCAGCACCCUCCACGCACCACACGAAUGCAACGCCGGCAGUGAUGACCACGCCUGAUACGGAGAUCACUACAUCGACCGCAAGGUCCACCGAAGCAGCAUCGACUGCACUGCCUACGGUUAGUGGAGCGACGGCGACGGGGACAACAAAAGCGAAGAAAGGACCGAGCCCGUGCGAUGCGAGACCAUGUGUACACGGAAUGUGCGAAGAGGAAGAGAGUGAGACCAGUACAGGUGGCUUCAAGUGCUACUGCCUUCCCGGCUACGGGGGCGACCGUUGCGAAUUUGAGUAUGAUGAGUGCGACUCCGGGCCCUGCGCCAACGGGGGCCAGUGCGAAGACUUGGUCGCCGCCUUCAGAUGUCACUGUGGGCCCGGUUAUACGGGAAAACGCUGCGAACUUAAGGUGGAUCUCUGCAGGCCCGACCCUUGCCCGUCUCCGGCUAGGUGCAUCGACAAAGGAAACAAUUAUUCUUGUAUCUGCCAUCCAGGAUUCAACAGUCCCGGGUGUACGCAGCACUACGAUCCGUGUUUUCCGAACCCUUGCCAGAAUGGCGGUUCAUGCUGGCCCAGUCUUGAUUCAUUUUACUGUUCAUGUCGCGGAGGUUUCACCGGUGACGCCUGCGAAGACCUCGUCUACCCAGCUCCAAGACCCGCAAUGCCUAGGGUUGGAGACGCUCCCGGUUACAGAGUUCCAGUGCCUGCAAACAAAGUAAGCGCCAACGUGAACGGGCAUGGUGGUUCUGGACCCGUGGAUCACCUGCACAAUAUCUACAUCGCUGCGGCCACCCUCGCUGGCGCCUGUCUAAUUGUCGUUGCUGUGGUCACCAUCUGCCACUGCCGCGUGCAUAAGACCUAUCAAGGCUUCGCACGGAAGCUCGGCCGAUCCUGCGCUGAGCUCAAGCAACACACGCUCGAAGACCUAGACAAAUACUCGCUGAACCUUCGUGGGAACGCUUCUGAGGUCCCCAUCGGAGCAGACAGCCUGGCCGCGUCCUACGAAGCCUCCAGCAUCGACAGCCUGCGAGCUCCUCUCAUACAGUGAAGAACAGCUGCUAUAAAGACACAAGAAACGUCCGCCACAUCGCUUGGCCCCCUUCGACGAUGUCCAUAUUACUGUCGUCGGCGGUACGUCCGACGGCGCUUGCCAGCGUCAGCUUAGAGUCGCGCUUUGUAAUAGGUGAUGCGUAAUUUCGCUGUAUGCGAAGAGUUCGUUAUAGCGGUGCCGGUGCUGAAAAGGAUGAUUGGUUCCUUAUUUAUUUAUUCAAUCCCCUGUUACACAUACAAAAGAGAGUACUUAUAUCACCCGGGUGAAUACUACGGGAUAGUUUUUUGUGAGCACGUGUAGCAUUUAUUUUAAUCUUAGAAGCAUUCAAAAUCGUGAUAUAAUCGCCAAGGCCAGUUUUGUGCAAUAACAGGACAAUAAUUCAACGUAUAUGUUUCGUUGCGAAGCUAUAGCAUGUAAAAUAUGUUGUGGUGACAAAUGUGUUUGGUUCUUCUACAUUCCAACAAGAAUCCCUACAAAACUUUUUUUUUACUUUUUUUUUUUUUUUUUUUACAGUAGACGCCGUGCCCUUCAAAUCAAAGUGUAUGCGUGCUUUCACCGCAAGUCCUCCGCUUAUUGGUCCGAGGACGCGAAGUGUCGUUGUCGUCCAUCGCGCUAACGGCAAGUCUUCGAAAUGAGCUGCCUGGUACUCAGCACGCCCAUAUAACGAAUAUUACCCGUUAUAACGAAAGUUGGAUUUAAACGAAGCGAAACGCUAUAUAGGCCUUCUGUUGCUGCUCCUGUCUCGAUCGCUCGUAGCACGCUGCCUAGCUCAUGCGGACCCUCGUUCUGCUGAUAUACCCCGCUAGUGCAGAGCAUAAUAUGAGGCCAUACACAGCUGAGGAACUUGGCUACACAACGUACACCGCGACAAUAACACGCGACAUGCUUCACAACGGCAACACAUAGCAGACAAAUUUCUAAAAGCCUAAACUAGCAAUAAAGGGCUAUCCAAAGUAGCGCAAGCGUCAGAUACGGCUCAACAUGUAGACCAGCUCACGUAGUCCGCAUUGAGCAUCUGUCAUGGUGCAGUUUCCGCCAAGACGCGUCAUAUAUUCAAAACAUGUGCGUCAACACUGCAUUUAUGAGGCAGCUAUACUCAAGUAAGCUGCGCCCACUAAUUCCUCGUGUAGAUUGCUCAAAAGGAUACUGAAGCGCCCACAGUGAAUGAUACAGCCAAAAAACGUCCCAAGCCGGAUAUUUUGGCCCCGCUUGCAUAUGGGCGCGCUGGAAGCGUACCGAGCCGGAACGCUUUCGUUCAUCUGGGCUGCUCCAACGCCAGCUAGAUGCAGAAGGCCUGCGUAAUGCCUCCGCUCACUUCUUCGCACGUAGACAUGUGAAGUCCGCCAAUCGCAGCAGCCAGCCAAGACAUCAGCCAAUUGCCGCAGACGAUUUCGAAAUCCAGGCUUUCAGUGGCUACUAGUAGCUGUCCAUGCGGCUGAUGGCGCCUCGUUUCCAUAGCUACGGCCACUGAAAGCAACGUCGCGAUUGGAGGACUCUUAAUUGUUAAGUCACGUCGCUCAAGCGACGAGGCUGUGCCGAGCUGGUGUUGGCUGCUCCCAGCGGAUGGGAAAGGGGAGGAAAGGCUCGAAAAUUAGGAGGAGGAGAAAGAAGGGUGCGCGGAGUCCGUGUCGCCUGCCACGAUAUCCGCCAUUUUGCCUCCAAAGCGCAGCCACGUGCUGGGCUGUCAAAGCUGUACACAUAACAUUUAGCUAUAGUACACUUAAGAACUAAGUAGAUAAACAGCAGAGGGAGCUUAAGGAAGCUGCUGAAAGCGGAACAUCCUGGCAUGGUGACCGAUAGCAUCAAAAUGGCGGCGUUCGCUGCUGCAGAGUGACUCCGCCCUACACAGAGGGUGCUCCACCUACUGGGAGGAAUCGGGUCCGCACCGAAGUGGUUACGUGGCUUCUCGAAGCGUACCGAAGGAACUCGAUCCACACUUUAGAAGAGGCUGCGUUUGCAAGCAUUUGUGGGCGCUCUGAGCAGUUUACAUGGGUGAACUCGGUUCGGAUCGCCCAAAGCGAACCCAUGUAAACGGGGCCACAGUCAAACAGUGCGCUUAGAUGUAAAAUCUAGCUGUGCAUAUUGGAAACUACAAGCAUAAAGCUCACGUUUCAAAUUGCGAGUACACAAGGCACAUCCUAGUUGAGAUAUUAUAUCGCCCUUCGUGAAAGAAAAGAUAAGGAAAUCAAUCCAUCCAUUCAAAUAACAGUAUAUCGUUCUUUGUUGCUCCAACAAGUCGCUUUUUUUUUUCACCCUCUCUAUCUCUCUCUCUUUGAGAACAUUCAUUCCGCCCUAAGCCUAGAGCCCCCUGCGACCAAGUUAUAAGUGUACUGAAAUGAUACAGACAUAGUGCAACAUUUUCUAUACCACAGUGUCCCUCUUUUGUAUGCGUCUGUGUUAGCAGUGUGCGUUUUUGCCGUAGACGUUAGCUUGUGAACGUGCUUGUACAAUAGCAUGGCAUACCACACUGGACAAUCGAUAAUCGAGCGAUAUGAGCCGCAAAGCGACGUAAAUAUACACGCCCUAAGCUUAUUAAAACGGAAAGAAAAAUCUGGCUUACUGUGCUCAACCGCAAAAAUACUUGAGGGGUUGGUAGUCUGACACCUUGUGAGGGCAUUCCACACCGCUUCCGAACCUUGUAUAAAUUCCAUGUAUCAUUGUCAAGCAGACACAAAGUCCGGUAGGACGCGGAUAAAAAAAAUAAAUAAAUAAAAAAGCAGACGCACACACAUACACAUUGCAGGCUCUGUAUCUUCCAACUCUACACGCACUUCGUCCAAAUUGCGCCUUCUGUUAAAAAAAAAAAAAUAUCCCGACGAAAGCGUCAUCUGCAGUGCGCAAUGUGAAGUUUCGUUCCUUUUUUUUUUCUCUCUCUCUCUCUUUUUAGCCUAACAGAUAAAGCACGUUACGUCCAUAUUGCUUCAAGAUACGUUGACAAAGAUAAGAUUAAACGGAGUUGUCUUGUGUGUGAUACAAGACUCGUGUAUACAUCUAAACGUCAUCGUUUCGUGUUCUUGUACAAGUUAUGACCCAGGGAGGCGCUCGUCACUCUGAGGUUGCGUCGUCCGAGGCACGCAUUUUAUUUUUCGUGGGUAUAGUUAUCGUUUGCAAUGUUUGACAGGAAAAAUAAAACAUACGGUGGAUUCACUGAC